AAAGAAAAAACCCACGUUUGAUAAAAACGUGUAUAAACACCAAAUAAGAGCGAAUAAAUCCAUCCUUGAAAACCUACACAAAAUCUUUCAAGCCGCCCCUAUUGACCACCGGCGAUCGGAAAAUGGUAAAACACCAUCACCGCCGAUCGGAGUGGCGGGUGUCAUCCAAAAUGUCGAUCCCCAUUUGGGUUUAUUAUAAUUAAGCAUUUCAAAAUGGAGAAGACUGUUAAUAAUAAGUAUUGUAAAGAGCUAGAAGUGGGUGUGAAAGUUGUGCAAAUGGCUUGUUGUUUAUGUCAGAAAUUGCAAAAAGGUUCAUUUGGUCCUAACCCAGAUCAUGUUGUUUCUAAACAUGAUGAUUCACCUGUUACUGUUGCUGAUUGGAGUGUACAAGCAAUGAUUAGUUGGAUACUAUCAGACACAUUUGGUAGAGAAAAUGUGUCAAUUGUUGCUGAAGAAGAUGCACAAACACUCUCUGAUGGUAAUGCCACAAGUUUAUUGGAGUCCGUGGUUGCAACCGUGAAUGAAAGUUUAGCCAUGGCACCACGUUUUGGUCUGAAGGGACCACCCGCACCCCUUGGGGGUUCCGAAGUUCUUGAUGCUAUAAGCCGGUGCAACUCAACUGGUGGUCCGGUGGGAAGGCAUUGGGUCCUUGACCCUGUUGAUGGAACUUUAGGGUUCGUGCGUGGAGGCCAGUAUGCUGUGGGUUUGGCUUUGAUUGAAAAUGGGAAGGUUGUGGUUGGAGUUCUUGGGUGUCCUAAUUAUUCGAGUAAAAAGAAAUUGGUUAACAACUCAAGUUCACCAAAAUCGGAUUUGUGGCAAGAAGGAUGUGUUAUGUACACAAGUAAAGGUAGUGGUCAAUCUUGGAUGCAGCCAUUAGUUCAUGGUGAUGGGACCUUCGAGUGGCCCAAUUCAGCUAGUGUUAUACGGGUUUCUUCUAUUGAUAACCCUGUAAUGGCUACAUUUUGUGAACCUGUGGAGAAAGCCAACUCUAACCAUUCGUAUAGUGCUGGAAUUGCAUACAGUUUAGGACUUAGAAAGCAACCGUUGCGUGUUUACAGCAUGGUGAAAUAUGCUGCAAUUGCACGUGGAGAUGCAGAGAUAUAUAUGAAGUUUGCAAAAGCCGGAUAUAAGGAAAAGAUAUGGGAUCAUGCUGCAGGGGUGGUGAUUGUGGAAGAAGCUGGUGGUGUAGUGACUGAUGCUGGCGGAAGGCCAUUGGAUUUUUCAAAAGGGGUGUAUCUCGAAGGUCUUGAUCGGGGUAUCGUGGCUUGUUCCGGGUUGAACUUACAUGAGAAAAUCAUAGGGGCUGUUUAUGCUAGUUGGGACUCUUCUCACUUGUAAAAACUUUCUUUUAAGCAAAUUCUUCAAAAGGGCUGUUACAAGUCAUAUAGUCGUAUGUUGUCUUUCAAGAUUAGCUGUUGAAGACUUGAGGUCUUGAGGACUAUAGUUUUUUGCAGUUAGCUUUCAAUUAAUAUACUCCUUUUUAAUUCUUAAUAAGAAACAUAAUUUUGUAGA